AUGUUCGUACUCAACUACAUGUUACUUUCAGUGGUGGUGGUAUCCUAUGGUUUUCAGACGUCGUCGGGGACGACAAGUAAAGAUCGUUAUCAUGUGCCUGGCGACAUCACAAUCGGAGCUUUGAUUACACUACACGCCACCAAUGAUGAUGGCGAAUGCGUUAAUUUUUCCCCAACAGGACUUGGCCAUGUGGAAGCUAUGAAGUUCGCCAUCGAUGCAAUCAACAGGAACCCACAGCUGCUUAAAAAUAUCACUCUAGGAUAUGACAUUCGAGACUACUGCAGAAGCACUGUAAAGGCAACGAAACACACGUACGAUUUUGUCCGAAUAAAUGAAUUGGCUUUAGAAUUUCAAAACGCCAGGUUCGUUGGUGCAUUAAAGAAUAACACAGAACAGAAGAAACCUACUCCAAUAACAGCUGUGAUUGGUCCGACCGAUUCAGAGGCUGCGAUCUUUGUAGAGAGCCUUUUACAAGUGGCUGAAAUCCCACUCGUCAGUCACUCGGCAACAAGCGAUGAGUUAAGCUCCCCGCAGUACAGUUACUUUUUUCGCACUGCUCCCCCUGAUAGAAAGCAGGCGAGGGCAAUGGCCGAUAUAAUAGAUUACUUCAAUUGGAGCUACGUGGCUGCUGUGGCAAUGGACGAUUCUUACGGUCGGAAUGGGGUCCGGAGCUUGGAAACUGAGGCAGGCGAAAGGCAGACAUUUUGUCUUUCUUUUGCAGAUUACAUACCAAAAAGAGAAAAGUACAUAACAAAGCUAGAAAGAACCGUGGAGAAGCUUCGAAGCCACACAAAUGUUCGUGUUGUAGUGCUAUGGCUAUUAAAAGGAUAUGGACGUCGAUUGCUCGAGCAGGCUGCAAAACAGAAAAUGUACGACCGCACCUGGAUUUUCAGCGAUAGUUUGACAGCUGGAAGGGAGGACCUUAUGAAAAUGAAAGACGAACAUAAAGGAGUUGUUCAUGGAUCAUUUGGUAUUGAACUUCAUCAUUUUGAUGUUCAAUGUUUCCAAGAUUUCUUGAUCAAAGAAUCCAUCAAGUCCUUACAAGAGGAAAGCACCUCUGCUCCUUGGUGGAAAGAGUUUUGGAAGCAAAAAGGUAAUUCAUCUUCCAAUGAGACAGUUAUUCGUUCGGUAUACAACAGCUACAUUCCCUAUAUGGUAGAUGCCGUGUUUGCUGUUGCCUUUGCUAUUCACAACUUAAGCAAAAUCUAUCCUACAGUCGAUCCAAAGAAACUCGAGGCGCAUCUCCGCCAAGUCGCAUUUCCAGGAGUAACUGGGGAAAUCCAAUUUGAUCAGUUUGGAGACCCUAAAAUAUCGUCUUAUGAUAUUGUACAUUUUCAGAUGAAUGAAAACUCCGAUUUAAUAAAAUUAGCCAUCGGAUCGUGGGAUGAAAGUCGAAAGGGAAUUCAGUUAAACGUUUCCGGCAUAAAGUGGAAUACCGCGGCAGGUCACAAAAUUAUUCCAAAGUCGUUCUGCCAUAGAGAUUGCCUUGCUGGUGAAUAUCAGUUGCCGACGACCUCUUGCUGUUGGACUUGCCACAAAUGUUCGGAUGGAACUGUUAGCGCUGGAGUGAAUGAUAUGAAUUGCACCUUGUGUCCUCGAGGAAAAAAGCCCAAUGUACGGAGGUCAAAAUGCCUGGAUCUUCCUGAAGUAGAAGUCAUGUGGUCAAGCACUGCGUCUGUCCUUAUCGUUCUGUUUGCGACUGCUGGAUUCCUUCUCCUUGCCAUUUGCAGUUUCAUUCUCUUUAAACUCUGGAAUACUCCCCUUGUCAAAGCAGCUAACCGCGAGUUAAGUUCUAUCCUUCUGUUUACAAUCGCACUGUCCUUUUCUUCCUCUAUUUUAUCCCUCACCAAGCCUACGAGCUUUACGUGCGCUUUGCUUCACUGCUGGCGGCCCAUGGUUCUCGUAACAAUCAUCUCCAUACUGAUAAUUAAGACCAUGAAGAUACUCAGCGCAUUCCAAAUAAACGUUAUGGCCGAGAGAUUCAAAAAAUUCAUUCUUUCCACAAAGAGACAAACCUUUAUCGUUCUGAUGCUAAUAUUUCCACCAGCUGUAUUCUGCUCGUUAUGGAUUACUUUGGACUCGCCACACCAGCAACGGAUCAUACAGACAAAUAGAGGUUCAAUCCUUCUUUCGUGUUCUUUGCAUCAAUCGUACGUUGGAAUGAGUUUUCAAAUCGCUAUAUCUGUGUACACGUCUCUUCUUGCAGUGGCUUGUACAUAUUACGCCUUCAAAGCUAGAACACUUCCUGAAAACUUCAACGAAGCGAAGUAUAUUGGAUUCUCUAUGUACAUCUUACUUCUUUCAAGUAUAGCAUACUUCCCUAUUGACAUUGGCUUGAGGGGUUCCCACGCAACAAACUUGACUUGCGCCAUGAUACUCGUCAGUUCUUAUGGACUAUUAAUUUGCAUGUUCGCUCCGAAGAUUUUCGUAAUUCUUCUCAAACCUGAACAAAAUACACACCAGGCCGUUGGUUCACAAGUGACGGACUACUCAUUUCGCCCGUCGUUGGGGGGUAAGACAGCAGUGACACCUAUGAAACCGAAUGCCCUGAACAGACAGAAAAUGUUGCAGCUAGAAUUUGCUUCUACCAGUACCUCAAGAACUUAAGGUUUUCCGAGUUUUCCAAUAUUGUCAUUGGAGAGGAGGAAACCUGUUUCGGGAGUAGAGGUCACUCUCCUAAUUAAAAAAGUCAGUCAAUCAUAUGUGCAAUAGACGCUGAGUAAUUUGAUCUUGAAGAGGUUCACUACAGAUCACUUACAUAGU